GGCUGGAGCUGCGCGCAGGGAAACUCCGCCAGUGGCGGGCGGGCGGCGCGGGCCCAUGGCGCUGAGCAAGGGGCUGCGGCUGCUCGGGCGGCCGGAGGCGGGCGGCGUCCUGCUGGAGGCGCGUGGCCGCGGGGACGGCCUGCUCUUCGAAGCCGGCGCGGUGGCCACGCUCGCGCCCGCCGAGAAGGAGGUCAUCAGAGGCCAGUACGGGAAGCUCACCGACGCCUACGGCUGCCUGGGAGAGCUCAGGUUAAAAUCCGGUGACGCGUCCCUGAGCUUCCUGGUUUUGGUGACGGGCUGCACGUCUGUGGGCAGAAUUCCGGAGGCUGAAAUCUACAAGAUCACCGCCACCGACUUUUACCCUCUGCAGGAAGAGGCCCGGGAGGAGGAGCGGCUCACGGCCCUCAGGAAGAUCCUCAGCUCCGGCGUCUUCUACUUCGCGUGGCCCAGCGACGGCUCGCGCUUCGACCUCACCGUCCGGGCACAGAAGCAGGGUGAUGACAGCGACGAGUGGGGGAACUCCUUCUUUUGGAACCAGCUGCUGCACCUGCCCCUGCGGCAGCACCAGGUGAGCUGCCGGGACUGGCUGCUGAAGGUCAUCUGCGGGGUGGUGGCCAUCCGCACGGUGUACGCCUCGCACAAGCAGGCCAAGGCCUGCCUCAUCUCCCGCAUCAGCUGCGAGCGCGCCGGCGCCCGCUUCCUCACCCGCGGCGUGAACGACGACGGCCACGUGUCCAACUUCGUGGAGACGGAGCAGACGAUCUACAUGGAUGAUGGUGUGUCGUCUUUCGUACAGAUCAGAGGCUCGGUUCCGCUGUUUUGGGAGCAGCCAGGGCUCCAGGUUGGCUCGCAUCAUCUGAGACUCAACAGAGGCCUGGAAGCCAACGCCCCUGCUUUCGACAGGCAUAUGGUCCUCCUGAAGGAGCAGUAUGGGAAGCAAGUGGUCGUAAACCUGCUGGGGAACAGAGGCGGAGAGGAGGUGCUCAACAGAGCCUUCAAGAAGCUGCUCUGGGCUUCGUGCCACGCCGGUGACACGCCUAUGAUAAACUUCGACUUCCACCAGUUCGCCAGGGGCAGGAAGCUAGAGAAACUGGAGAACCUGCUGCGGCCCCAGCUGCAGCUCCACUGGGAUGACUUUGACGUGUUCACCAAGGGCGCGAGUGUGAGUCCCCGUUUUCAGAAAGGCACUUUGCGGAUGAACUGUCUCGACUGCCUGGACCGAACCAACACGGUGCAGAGCUUCAUUGCGCUUGAGGUCCUUCACCUGCAGCUCAGGAGCCUCGGGCUGAAUUCAAAGCCCAUCGCCGACCGCUUCGUGGAGUCCUUCAAAGCCAUGUGGUCUCUGAAUGGGCACAGCCUGAGCAAGAUGUUCACGGGCAGCCGCGCCCUGGAGGGGAAGGCCAAGGUGGGGAAGCUGAAGGACGGAGCCCGGUCCGUGUCCCGCACCAUCCAGUCCAACUUCUUCGACGGCGUGAAGCAGGAGGCCAUCAAGCUGCUGCUGGUCGGAGACGUCUACACGGAGGAGGCGGCCGACAAGGGAAGGAUGCUACUGGACAACACAGCCCUGCUGGUGACCCCCAGGAUCCUGAGGGCGAUGUCGGAGCGCCAGGCGGAGUUCACAAAUUACAAGCGGGUCCGUGUCGCCAUGGGGACCUGGAACGUGAACGGAGGGAAGCAGUUCCGGAGCAACCUGCUUGGGACCGCCGAGCUCGCCGAGUGGCUGCUGGACUCGCCCAGGCUUUCCGAGCCCGAGCCCCAGGAUGACAGCAGCCCAGCUGACAUAUUUGCCGUGGGGUUUGAAGAGAUGGUGGAACUGAGUGCGGGGAAUAUCGUCAAUGCCAGCACCACCAACAGAAAGAUGUGGGGCGAGCAGCUUCAGAAAGCCAUCUCACGCUCCCAUAGGUACAUUCUCUUGACCUCAGCACAGCUGGUGGGCGUCUGUCUCUACAUCUUUGUCCGUCCCUACCACGUCCCGUUCAUCAGGGAGGUGGCCAUCGACACGGUGAAGACGGGCAUGGGCGGGAAGGCGGGCAACAAGGGCGCCGUGGGCAUCCGCUUCCAGUUCCACAGCACCAGCUUCUGCUUCGUGUGCAGCCACCUGACGGCCGGGCAGUCGCAGGUGAAGGAGCGGAACGAGGACUACAGGGAGAUCACCCAGAAGCUCAGCUUCCCCAUGGGAAGAAACAUCUUUUCUCAUGACUACGUGUUUUGGUGUGGCGACUUCAACUACCGCAUCGAUCUCACGUACGAAGAAGUCUUCUAUUUUGUUAAGCGCCAAGACUGGAAGAAACUUCUGGAAUUUGAUCAGCUACAGCUGCAGAAAUCCAGUGGAAAAAUUUUUAAAGACUUCCACGAAGGCAGCAUUGAUUUUGGGCCCACCUACAAGUACGACGUCGGCUCCGCCGCCUACGACACGAGCGACAAAUGCCGCACCCCAGCCUGGACGGACAGGGUGCUGUGGUGGAGGAAGAGGCAUCCCUUCGACCGGACAGCUGGAGAACUCAACCUCCUAGACAGCGACCUCGAUGCGGACACCAAGGUCAGACACACCUGGUCUCCCGGAUCCCUCAAGUAUUACGGCCGAGCGGAGCUGCAGGCGUCGGACCACAGACCCGUGCUGGCCAUCGUGGAGGUGGAAGUUCAAGAAGUUGACGUGGGUGCCCGGGAGAGGGUGUUCCAGGAAGUGUCCUCUUUCCAGGGCCCCCUGGACGCCACCGUCGUCGUCAACCUCCAGUCGCCCACCUCCGAGGAGAAAGACGAGUUUCCUGAGGACGUGCGCACCGAGCUCAUGCAGACCCUGGAGAAUUACGGGACGAUUGUUCUUGUCAGGAUCAACCAGGGGCAGAUGCUGGUGACGUUUGCGGACAGUCACUCGGCUCUCAGCGUCCUCGACGUGGACGGCAUGAAGGUGAAAGGCAGGGCCGUGCAGAUCCGGCCGAAGACCAAGGACUGGCUGACGGGGCUGCAGGCCGAGAUCCUGCGGAAGCGGGAGAGCCUGGCGCCCGUGUCGCCCACCGCCAACUCCUGCCUGCUGGAGGAGGGCUUCGACCUCACCAGCUCGGACUACGAGUCGGAGGGGGAUAUUCUCGAAGAGGACGAAGACUAUUUGGAUGAACUGAGUCAGCCUGUGGUCUCAGACAGUGAGCUGGGCGGGGACGACCUUGCCGAUACCCCCAGCUCCAUGGCAGCACCGCCCAGCAAGUCACCUGCGCUCCCCAAAAAGAAGCAACAUCCGACCUACAGAGAUGAUGCCGCCCUGGUGGAGUUAAAGCAGGAGCUGGAAGCCGUGGGGGACCGCCUCCGCUCGCCAAGUAGGUCCCUGUCGGUCCCCAACAGGCCGCGGCCGCCUCACCCGCCGCAGAGGCCGCCCCCUCCAACAGGCCUCAUGGUGAAGAAGUCGGCCUCGGACGUGUCCAUCUCCGGCACCCACGGGCAGUACUCGGUCUUGCCGACGGCGAAGCUGCUGCCGGGCGCGCCUCAGCAGGUGCCCAAGGCCAGGACGGGGAUCAGCAAGCCUUACAACGUCAAGCAGAUCAAAACCACCAAUGCCCAGGAGGCGGAGGCCGCCAUCCGGUGUCUGCUGGAGGCCAGAGACGGCCCCCCAGGGGAAGUCCUAAACGCCACGGCCCCGAGGGACCAGGAGUCCUCCAAGCCAGAGCCCGCGGUGGGGGCAGCCCCGCUCCUGCCCCGCCGGCCCGCGCCCAGAGUCCCUGCCAUGAAGAAGCCGACCUUCAGGAGGACCGGGAAGCCCACGUCGCCGGAAGAACAGUUCGGGCAACAGACUGUCCAUUUCACAAUCGGGUCCCCGGAGACGAGCCUCGAAACCCCUCCUCUUGUGACAGUCCCUCCUGUUCCCAAACCAAGAACCCUUCCGCCCGGGAGAGGCGCCGAGAGGAAGCCCGCGCCAGCCGAUGCCCCUGCUGGGGCCACGCCGCCCCUCGUGGGGGUCCCGCCUCUUGUGCCCCAGGUGCCCCCGAGGAGGAAGAAGUCGGCCCCCGCCGCCUUCCACCUGCAGGUGCUGCAGACCCACAGCCAGCUCCUCCAGGACCUGGCCCGCAGCGGCCUCCGCAGCGACGGCCCCCCUGCCCACCAGCCCGACGGGGGCGCCCAGACUGAUGGCCACAAGGAGCCCAGACCAGAGGCGGCCUCCCUCCUGGGUGAUGGCCAGGACCCCUUCUGGAGCCUUCUCCAGCACCCUAACCUGGUGAACAGCGCCUGGCUGUCCAAGAGCUCUGACCCCCUGGACGCGGGGACCAGGAACCUCAGGAGGGCACACACAGCCCCACUGCAGGUCAGUGGCUCGGCCGUGGAGGAGCCGCCCCCGGAGCACGGGCACCAAGACCUGGGUCCCUGGGCCGCCAUCAGCGACACGGACAAGAGGACGGUGCUUCAGGUGUUCGACCCACUAGCGGAAACCUGAGUGGGAGCCGUGGACAGCGCGUUCUCGCAGAAUGCCUGCCUUCCUCCUUAGGCAUCGCUUUAUAGAGAAAAGCCCGUUGGCCUCAACCCCCCGUCAGAAGAGACAUCUGUGUAAAGGCACUGAAGCAACAUUCGUACUUCUGCCCCCUCUUGUGUAGUUUACAAAAAUCGUGUCUCUUAUUCAAUAAGGUCAUUGCUCAGCCACCGAGGUAUGUUUUAUUCCAGACGCGUGCAUUUCGAGUUUCCUCUCAGGGGCCUGGGAAGGAGACCGUCCUGCGAGAGUCCGCGUGUGGGUUUUAGAAAAGGGAAUUAGUGGAUAACGCCUAAGUUCCCUCCCGUCGAAUUUUAAAUGGUUGUUCCAUUUACGUGUGUCUGUGGUGUUUUUUAAUUUCGUUUGUAUUUUACAGAUUCAGAGUAAUUUUUUGGUGCAUCACCCGGGGGGUGGGUGCAUAAAGGAAGGAUCACACUGAAAGGUAGUUGGGACCAUGAAGAGCCGUACCUGCCCGCAUCGCACCAGGUUAGAAAAGUCAGAGACAGAAGCAGCAAAGAGGGCAACCCAACGCCUGGGCUGCCCACUCCCUGGUGUUUGUUUAUGUGCAUGUCUGUAUUAACCUUGACCGUGUGGGAGACGGUGUCUGUACUUUUGGGUGCCUGAAGCGUAUGCCAUCAGCUUCACCUGAGCUUAACCCGGCUAAAGACUCCUGUGUCCUGUCUCCGACAUGCACACCCCAUAGACUGCUCCAGCCCUGAGCCCUGGUGGGCUGCGUAAGCCAGUGUUUACACGCUAUCGAGCCCCUUUUAAAGGAAACCUUGUGAAUUCUUCUCUUCCCUUCUAGUCUGUACCUGGUAAACGCACACAUGUGAGAAGGCAUGAUGACUGUCUGCUUUAGCCGGGUCUGUGGCUGCAGCGUCAGGAAGGAACGCACCAUGUGCCCCUUUUACAUAAGAAACCCAGGCAGUCUCUCUGGAUUGGCUUAUCUAUAUGUCUGUUAGGUCUGCUUUUUACCUGCGUUUUCCCUAUACGUCUCCAACACCACUGCUUGCCUAUGAAAUCAUUUAAAAAGAAAUCGCCUUACUGCUCCACGUUGAAAAAAACAAUGUUAGAAAGCCUAGAGUUUCAUUUGGAGCAGGUACUAUGUUUUUGCUAAUUCACUGGCAGAAAUCUUCAUGUGUCACAUGCCAUACGGAGGAGCCUCUCAUGUCAUAGGGUCACACAGCAAUGAGUCUGGGCUACCCCUAAGGUGACCAGGGAAUUCCUACACUCAAUGCUAACGGUUGGGGUGGCAGGGAUGGUCUUGCCCAGGGAAUACCACUCUCUCUUUGCUGAUCAGACCUCUGGGUGUUCAGAAUUAUUUCUCAUUGCCACUAUCAAGGUACACUGCAGAUCAUUUACAUCUGGCACUCAAGACAAAAACAAAACUACGACAUUAUUUCACUUCAUCUGAAAACUGAGCAAAGAAAAAGGCAUUACUGACCCAUCGAGAUAAACAGAAUACAUGAGUUGACAUGUCAAAAAAAGAUGGUGUUUCUGGCCAAGGUGUUAGGACACCUUCUGUAGUAAGUGCUUCAUAUUAUUUUUACCUCUCUAACAAGUGCAAAUAAAUAACAUAAUCCUUGAACGUGUUAGCGGAAGCAAGCAAGCAGGAUGGGUAGCAGCAGGCUUGGAGAAGUUCAAUGAUUUCCAGCAUUCAGUUGCUACUGGAGAACAAUUAGAAAUGGAAGCAAAGAUUUCUUGAUGCAAUCACUCUUUUUUUCUAUAACCGUUUUUUCCCACCCAAAGGAGGUGAAUUUGAAAGCAGAUACAUGUAACCGUCAGUUAGAAAAGCAGGGGAAAGUCAGUACCACAACAGUUGCUUGCAAUGUGGGAACAGGCCUAAUUCUCAAGGUACUUCUUUGUUCUAGAAAACCAGUAGCCAGUGAGUGGCACAGGAACUGAAUCUCAGUGGAGACAGGUGCUCGUCACACAAGUAGCACUUAGGAACCCAACAGGAAGUAGUGACACACAACAGUGUGGGCCUCGGGACGCAGGCCACAAGAUAAAGGACCAGUAGUUUAACAUGAAGAAUUGAACAAAUAUUAUUUGAUUUUGGGUUUUGAGUUGAUGCAUGAGGCUCUCACACCAACUUCCUCUUAAGAAGACAAUUAGCAUUGCCUUAUUUUUUUAAAUUGAUGCUUCAUAGCUGUAGGUUUCCUAGGUUAGGGGCAGGCAGUUGAAUAACCUCCAGUGAGCAGCUGCAUCCGGGAAUGUCAUUCUGUGGGGUUUGUAUUUUUGGGGUUUUUUUGAUGCUCCCACGCGGGGCUUUUUACUGUGACCUUGUCGUUUAUUUCAUUAUUUUUCUGUAAGAUGUUGCAGUUCACUGUGGUCCCGAGUUUUAGGCAAGGCACUUUACAACUCAACACGCUGUCUUCCCUUGUACAAUGUCAUCUCUGACUUCUUGGCUAUUUUAAAAUUUAUUCCAGUAAAUUACUGGAAAUAGGACAUCUGUCUAAGCAGUUCCUGUAAAAGUUUUAAAGUUGUUGAUGUUCAAGACACUUAAUAGAAUUCUCCUGAUGUGUAUAAGCAAAGUAAUGUAUUAAAACAUUCUCUUUAUAACAAAGUGACUUAUUUCAUCAGAAAGGAAAGCCACAAAAAUUAUUUAUUGACUAACUGGCAAUUAAUAAAAACCCUGUAAUGUUUAUUUGAAGUGCUCAUUUGUACUGAAAUUGUAAAAAAAAAAAAAAAAUCUAUUAAAUGGUUUGUCUUUGUUUUGUAA